AUGGCACCACGGAGAUUCCAAGCCGAUCAUACAGAUGCGAGCCCAUUAGCCCAGCCGCUCAAAUUUGAGUUUAGUGGCCAGACCGCCAAAAACCGGUUCAUGAAGGCUGCCAUGACUGAACGCCUUUCAACAUGGGAUCCCAAGAUUCUCAAGAAGCGAGGUAUUCCCAUGCCAGAACUUAUCAACGUUUACCGGCGAUGGGGCGAGGGAGACUACGGUGUUAUCCUGACUGGGAAUGUCAUGGUGGAAUAUGACCACCUCGAGGCUGCUGGAAACCCCAUCGUGCCUCGCGAUGCCCCUGUAUCUGGCGAACGAUUUGAAGCGUUCAAGGAGAUGGCGACUGUUAGCAAGAAGCAUGGAAGCUUGAUCAUUGCGCAGGUCAGUCACCCUGGACGUCAGGUGGCUGAGGACAUUCAGAAGAAUCCUAUCUCUGCCAGCGACGUACAGCUUGAGGGCGAAGUGAUGGGAAUGCACUUUGCCAAGCCCAAGCCCAUGGACGAGCAGGAUUUUAAGAAUGUAAUUGAGGGUUUCGCCCAUGCUGCUGAGUUCCUUCACAAGGCAGGCUACAACGGCAUGCAAUUACACGGCGCACAUGGUUACCUUUUAGCACAAUUCCUUUCUCCUACCACCAAUAAGCGAACUGAUAAGUAUGGCGGAUCAAUUGAGAACCGUGCUCGUAUCAUCUUCGAGAUCGCAGACGCUAUCCGUGCCCGCGUUCCUGAUAAGUCAUUUGGCCUGUCCAUCAAGGUCAAUAGUGUCGAGUUUCAAGAGGGCGGUUUCUCCACAGAUGACUGCAAGGUCCUUUGUCACCAGCUCGAGGAGCAUGGCUUUGACUUUGUCGAGUUGUCUGGAGGAACCUACCAAAAUCUUGCCUUCUCUCACCGAAGAGAGAGCACCAAGAAGCGAGAGGCUUUCUUCCUUGAUUUUGCCGAGAAGAUCAUUCCUGAGCUCAAGAAGACCAAGGCUUAUGUCACUGGUGGUCUCAGAACCGUGCACGCCAUGGUGGAAGCUCUCCAAACUGUUCAUGGUAUUGGAUUGGCCCGUCCUACUACGAACGAGUUUGAUCUGCCCGCCAAGCUUAUCAAUGGUGAAGCCAAUGCGGCCAUUGACACUCUACUCGAUGAGCAGAAUUUUGGCAUCACAAAUGUUGCCGCUGGUACACAGAUUCGAUUAGUUGGAAAGGACAAGCAGCCCCUUGACUUGAGCCGCGAAGAUCAUAAGAAGGUGUUUGAAGAGUCAAUGCAGAAGUGGGGUGAGGCUAUGGCCAACAACAACGACCAGUCCAAAUAUGGAUACGUUGAUGUUGAGGGCACCAAGUUGGAGCCGUUCGGUGCAGCAUAUGCGGCGGCUUAA